AAUUUAAAAGGAAAUCAAACAUAAAGGAAAAACUAAUUUUCCUAUUUAAUGAUGGAGAAAAUUUAUAUUAUUUCUGAUUAGAGACUUGUAGCUUUUAAAUAAGCCCACAAGAAACACUUCUUGUUUGAAAAGUAGGAGUUUAAAGUAGAUGGCAAAGGAAGAAUCACUGUAGACCCAAAUGACUUUUCAGUGACCCUAAAAAAAAAACGAAACCCUUUUUUCCUAUUUUACCGAAGGGCCUGUGGUUAGUCUCAGAAGAAAAAUGUAAGCAGGUGUUUUGUUCUUUGUCAACACUGUUUCUCUGUCUGUUUCUUUGUGUUUAGAAACACACCUGUGGGUUGAAAGCUUCCUCACUUUCAUAGGAGCGUGUUCAGUGGGAGGAACCUGCACUUACCUUGGCCAGCAGUUGGGAACCUGCCGGGUCCAAGCACUGACCUUAGAAUAUUUAAAAGAUGCUGCAGAGAAGAUGAAAACUGGGCUUAUGUUUGUGAAAUUGGUUAACCCAUGUUCAGGGGAAGGAGCCAUUUACUUGUUCAAUAUGUGUCUACCGCAGCUGUUUGAAGUAAAAGUUUUCAAGGAAAAAAACCAUUCUUGGUUUAUAAAUGAAUCAGUUCAAUCAGGAGGUCUUCUUCACUUUGCCACACCCAUGGACCCUCUGUUCCUGCUUCUCUACUACCUUAUAAAGGCUGAUAAAGAGGGCAAGUUUCAGCCCCUUGAUCAAGUUGUGAUGGACGACAUGUUUCCAAAUUGCGCCUUGUUGCUGAAACUUCCUGAACUUGAGAAGUUACUUCGACACGUGACAGAGGAAAAAGAAAUAGACAAAAAGAAAUAUUACAAGUACAGCAAAGAGAAGACAUUAAAAUGGCUGGAAAAAAAGGUUAAUCAGACGGUGGCAGCAUUAAAAACCAACAACAUAAAUGUCAGUGCCCGGGUGCAGUCCACUGCAUUUUUCUCCGGUGAUCAGGUUUCCAGUGACAAGGAAGAGGAUUAUAUUCGUUAUGCUCAUGGUCUGAUAUCAGAUUACAUCCCUAAAGAAUUAAGUGAUGCCUUAUCUAAAUAUUUAAAGCUUCCAGAACCUCCAGCUGCAGUACCAAACCCUCCAUCAAAGAAAGUAAAGUUAUCAGAUGAGCCUGUAGAAGCAAAAGAAGAUUACACUAAGUUUAACACUAAAGAUUUGAAGACUGUAAAGAAAAAUAGCAAAAUGACUGCAGCUCAGAAGGCUUUGGCUAAAGUUGACAAGAGUGGAAUGAAAAGUAUUGAUUCCUUUUUUGGUGCAAAACAUGUUAAAAAAAUUGGAAAGAUUUGAAACUUUGAAUAUGAAAUCUAGCAAAAAUAUUUGCCUUCUACAUGUUUUAUUUUCAUCCUUCCUCCAUGCCACUGUACUCCCUCACCUUUAAUUACCACCUUUGGAAAAAAAGUAGAGGUGAGGGGCAAUUUUCAGAUUCACUUAAACAUUUCUUUGAACUUGAUUUUUGUGUUCCUGAACAAAAUAUGGGAAAGUAAUUUUAUAACUUCAUGGCUUGUGGCCUUUGGAGUUUUGUUUGACAUCAUGAAAAGUAAUCAAGUGGAUAGAAUUAAUCUCUAGCAUCACAUUUCCUCAAUAAACUGACAUGUGACAAUA